UGCGCUGGAACCCAUCGUGAUCGCGCUGAUCACCACUAUUACUACCGCCACUACCAUAGAUCCCUCCCUCCUAAUCUUCCCAGUCCCAGAAAGUAGGGAUCUCGUAGUCCGAAUGAAUGUCUCCCUCGACGCCGCCAUCAACAACACACACACAACCUCAUCCCAAAGGUUAGGUAACCGACCAACCGGGCCAAUGACGGAACCCUCUGGAUCACACCCAAGCUCUCCCGGUAAGCCAUUGUCUGCGAUGAGCGCAGCGGAAGGGGAUGAUGUCCCGAAUAGUAAUGACAUUGACUCGGUUUUGUCUGAAUCAGCUGACGAUAACGGCUGCGAUGCCUUCUCAGGCGUCUUUUCUGCUGACUCUAUAUCCAUGUCCGAGGAUGUCCGCGACUACGUUUACGAGAAUUCACGCCGUUAUCACAAGUACAAUGAGGGACUCUAUCACUUUCCAAACGACGACGCCGAACAGGAACGCGAGGAUCUUCAACAUGCUAUGACAAUGCUUCUAUGCGACGGCAAACUGCACUUUGCACCUCUUCAAAACCCCCAGGCCGUCCUAGACAUCGGCACCGGGACAGGAAUUUGGGCGAUAGAUAUGGGCGACGAGUAUCCCGGAUCAGAGGUAUUAGGUAUAGAUCUCAGCCCGAUUCAGCCCUUAUGGGUGCCGCGUAACGUACAAUUCCUCGUCGACAAUUUAGAGGAAGAUUGGCUUCAGCCAGCCAAUUCGCUAGAUUUUAUUCACGGUCGCCAAAUGGCACCAUCGAUACGGAACUGGCCUAAAAUGAUCGCCGAGGCGUACAACGCAUUGAAGCCAGGCGGAUGGAUAGAAUUCCAAGAGCUAGAAUGCGUCGUUAAAUGCGACGACGGUACAAUGUCCGAAGAUGAUGCUUGCGCAGGGUAUGCCAAGACGCUCAUGGCGGCGUUGCAUAGGCUUGGCAUCGAUAGUCUUGGCUUUAUAGCAAAUUGCCGACAAUGGUUGAGAGACGCGGGCUUCAUCAACGUUCGAGAUACGGUACUAAAAACACCAAUAGGGACAUGGCCGAAAGAUCCACACCAACAGAAAAUCGGCUUAUACAGUCGAAAUAUGAUAUACGACGGCUUACACGGUUUCAGCAUCAAGCCUUUUACUCAUGGCUUAGGAUGGACACCGGAGGAGGUGGAGGUUUACCUCGUCGACGUACGAAAAGCACUUUUAAACACGACGGCACAUAUAUACCUUCCAUUCCAUGUCGUAUACGCACAGAAACCAUUGACGCCACAAACGAGAAGCGCCGAAUGAAACAUUCCUUUAUGAUAACGUGAUAUUUGAUACCUGCAUGAACUCAUGGGUCCGCCGGCGAUUUGCGGAUAGGCGUAUCUCUAUGAUUUAAUCUCAUUUGAUACCAGG